AAGAGGUCUCCCGGGUAACCACGUUUCGCUUCCAGCAGGAGACCCCACCCUCAUUGGGUGGAUCCUUCUUUAGUAUCACGUGCUCACACUGGCUUGUGCAAGAUGGGGCUUGAAUGUCUUCCUCUUGCAACACAGGCAUGUUCGAAGUCCAACUUUCCUUGACCUAAUAUCAGAAAGGUUCCUGGGGCAAGGUGGCACUACGCGGAACCUCCCGGAUCUAGAAGGACGUUGAGUUCAGAGCUCCAGAGAGUUUGCCGAAAAGCUCGGCAGUGGCAAACCCAGUAGCCUGGAGUCGCCAAGCUGGAGCUGGAAGUGGAGUUCCGGGGGUUCGGGGCCGCGGCUGCCGGGCAGCGCCUCCUCCAGACCGAGACCACAGCGCAGAAUGACCAGAAGGCGGUGGCCUUCCGGCGGAGUGUCCGCGCCAGGAGCGUGCUGCGCUGGUUCUCCACCGCGGUCCUGUAUGCCGCCUUCCUGGGGCUGCUCUUCCAUGAUGAGUCUUGGAGUGCUGAGCUUUCCCUGUUGGAAGCUAUGAGGACCCAGUAACACCAGGCAGCCAUCUAAGCUAUCCCGAGACCAAGCUUGGCAAUACAUUUACAUCCUUCACACUCAUUUGCUUUCUACUUCAGGGAAUGACUGUUGCCAUACUGGGACCCACAUUUCCAGACCUGGCAAGAAAUGUGAACCGGAACAUCAGCAGCCUUUCCGACAUCUUUGUUGGCCGUGCCCUAGGCUACUUUUGUGGCUCUGUGCUUGGUGGAGUGCUUUUCGACUGCAUGAAUCACUUUCUACUUUUAGGAAUGUCAAUGUUGGCUACCACAAUUGGUCUUUAUCUUAUUCCUUUCUGCAAGACGGCAACAUUACUGAUUGCCAUGAUGUCUGUAUUUGGUGUCUCCUUUGGUGCUCUGGAUACAGGUGCAAAUGUCCUCAUCUUGACUCUUUGGGGGGACAAAGGAGCCCCACAUAUGCAGGCCUUGCACUUCAGUUUCGCCUUGGGUGCCUUUCUGGCUCCCCUGUUGGCUAAGUUGGCCUGGGGUACAGAACCUGCUCAGAACCACACCGAGUCCGACCUUGACCCUCUGAUGCUGAACCGAUCCUCCAAAGGCGCCUCAGACUCCGUGUUCGCGGUACCCGAUGACAUGAAUCUGCUGUGGACAUAUGCUUCUAUUGGCACCUAUGUUUUAGUAGUUUCUGUCUUUCUGUUUGGUCUGUUUUGUAAGAAACGCUCAAAGCAGAAAAAAUCUGCAGCAUCUGCUGAGGGAGCUCGAAGGGCUAAAUAUCACAGGGCCCUGCUAUGCCUCCUCUUCCUCUUCUUCUUCUUCUAUGUGGGAGCUGAGAUAACAUACGGCUCCUACGUAUUCUCCUUCGCUACCANCCAUGUUGGCAUGGAAGAGAGCGAGGCAGCUGGCUUGAACUCNNUCUUCUGGGGAGCCUUUGCAGCCUGCAGGGGCCUGGCCAUCUUCUUUGCGACAUUCUUACAGCCUGGAACCAUGAUCGUGCUGAGCAACAUUGGCAGCCUGGUCUCAUGUUUCUUUCUGGUGCUUUUUGACAAGAGCCCUCUUUGUCUCUGGAUCGCGACUUCUGUGUAUGGAGCCUCAAUGGCAACCACAUUUCCCAGUGGAGUUUCUUGGAUUGAGCAGUACACCACCUUAACUGGAAAAUCUACAGCAUUCUUUGUAAUUGGUGGUACCGUGGGAGAAAUGGCCUUUCCUACAGUGAUUGGGAUUCUUCAAGAACACUACCCAGCUCUGCCAGUAGUUCUGUACACAUGUCUGGGCUCAGCCAUAUUCACAGCUGUUUUAUUUCCUGUGAUGUAUAAAUUGGCCACCUUACAUCUGUAAUGUGAUCGAAAGGAGAACAUCUCAGGGUCAGAACACUCUGCCCUUUAAGUUUGGCCCAUUAAGAAAAGAAUGAAUGGGAAGGCACAGAAGAGCACCAUGGGAUGGAUUUUGAAGUAGAUGAACAAUGCAGAGAAACAGUCUAUAUCAGAUGUUAGAACCCAACGCUGGCGUCCUCACCAACCCUCUCAGGCACAUUGUUUGGAUUAACAGUACAGUUCAUCCGUCUGUAAAAUGCUGUGUUCAUCUGUUUACUUGUGAUUGUGACCAAUACAUGACAAGAAGCCAAGGAAA